GGGAGAUCAGGAUCUCCCGCGCGCGCGACGUGCGCAAGGCGCGCCGGGGCGGCGGCUUCUGGUGGCGCUUCGAAUUCGACGAGCAGCGCCUGGCGGUCGUGGCGGCGGGGUCCGGCGCGGGCGGCGGCGGUGGCGCGGGUGGUGGCGCGGGGCUCCCUGAGGCGGCGGAAGCGGGUGGUGCCCACGACAUGGCCGCUGCGCAGGCUCGGGAGUGCUGA